AUGCAUUGGAUUUGGGAGUUCUUGGAGGAUUCAAAAUCGAGUAAAGUGGCUGAACUGCCGUGCCCCUUCCUCACUCAAGGAUUUGGCUUCAAAGUGGAACAAGAAUGGGUUCUUCUGGGGGAUCGAGGUUACACGUGGGAAGCAGUUGAUGUGGACAAAAAAGUGCUUUAUAAAAUAAACCUAUGUUUUGGUAUUCAAGAGUGUGGAAAAUCAAGUGCAGUCUGUGCAUACAACUUCAUUAACAAGACCUAUCUGUCUGUAGGUGACUUACACUUGAAAAGAGUUUCUGAAACUCUUCUGGAACUCAACACUACAGAUACCUGUUUGCAGCAAGACAGUCAUCACCAAAUUCAAAGCAACAUUAAUUUCUUGUGUGGGAAAACACUGGGUACCCCUGAAUUUGUAACAGCAACAGAGUGUGUGCACUAUUUUGAAUGGAGGACCUUUGUGGCUUGCAAGAAAGACUUAUUUAAACCUGUGAAAGAGGUCCCUUGCUAUGUGUUUGAAGAUUUGAAGAAGCACGACCUGAAUCCUCUCAUCCAAGUUUCAGGACACUACUUGGUGGAUGAUUCUGACGAUGAUUCCUUGUUCAUAAAUGUCUGCAGGGAUUUAGGAAGUUCAAGUGAAGAGACCAGAAACUGCCCUGCUGGCAGUGCUGCUUGCUUGUUACACAAAGGCCAGGCAUAUGACGUUGGCCAUCCACAGGAACAGCUGAAACUUCAUGACAAAGACAGGCUGGUAUUGAGUUAUGAGAAAAUAUAUAGUGAUGAAGAAAAACCAGACUUCUGCCUAGGCCAUAACCCAGCAGUGACGAUCACUUUUGUUUGCCCAUCAAAGAGAGGAGAAGAGAGUGCAGGUCCCAAACUCACAGCAAAAACCAAUUGCCGGUAUGAAAUUGAGUGGGCUACUGAGUAUGCGUGUCACAGGGAUUACCUGGAGAGUAAGAACUGUCUUCUGACUAAUGAGCAACAUGACAUCUCCAUUGAUUUAAGGCCACUUGUUCAAUUGCCAAAUUAUGUCACACCAUAUGAAGCCAAAGAUGCCAAAGGGGAGUAUUACUAUUACUUGAAUAUAUGUGGGAAAACCACUGCAGGUAACUGCAAGGACAGCACAGGGUAUGCUUCAUCUUGCCAAGUAAAGCUGUCGAGUAACCAGCAAAAAGUGGCAGGAAGAUUUCAGAACCAAACCCUAAGAUACUCUGAUGGAGAUCUCACUUUAAUUUAUCCAGAUGGGGAUGCCUGUAGUUCUGGCUUUCAGAGAAUGACUGUCAUAAACUUUGAGUGCAAUGAAACAGCAGGUAAUGAUGGCAGAGGAUCUCCAGUGUUUACUGGUGAAGUGGACUGCACCUAUUUAUUUACCUGGGAUACAAAAUAUGCAUGUGUUAAAGAGAAAGAAGAUCUCCUUUGCAGAGUUACUGAUAAAAGAAAGCACUAUGACUUGUCACCUCUGAUCCGCAGUUCAGAGUUAGACCAGAACUGGGAAGCUGUGGACAGUAGCUUUUCGGAGGUAGGGAGGAAACAUUAUUACAUCAAUGUCUGCCAUAAAGUGUGGAAGAGAGGAGGAGCUUCCAGCUGUCCAGAUGGUGCUGCUGUUUGCUCUGUUGAUAAACAAAACAACAGUAAGAAUCUUGGAACAUUUAUGUCUUCUCCUAAAAAGGUUGGAGAAAAUAUUCAACUUACCUAUUCAAAUGGAGACAUCUGUGAUGGUAAACAAAAGAUAAAAACUGUCAUCACUCUAAUUUGCAGACCAGGUGAUCUAGAAAGUGCUCCAAUCCUGAUGUCUGCCAGUGUAUGUUCAUAUGCAUUUGACUGGUAUACUGCUGCUGCGUGUGUCCUGUCUAAAACUGAGGGUGAUAACUGUCAAGUCUCUGAUCCUCAGGCAGGCUUCUCUUUUGAUUUGUCACCUCUUGCCAAGAAAAAUGGAUACUACGUAGCUAAUACUACUAAAUACUUGUUUUACAUAAACAUCUGUGGCAGUGUGCCGGAUGAGUUGUGUGACACAAAAUCAGCAGCAUGCCAAGUAACACAUAGUAAGGGUCAGUCUUGGAGUCUUGGACUGCCCAGUUCCAAACUUUCAUAUUAUGAUGGUCUGAUUCAGUUGACCUACAAAAAUGGUACAGCAUACAACGAUGAGAAGAAAACACGACGAUCUACCCAUAUAACUUUCCUGUGUGACCAUCUGGCUGGAGUAGGUCAGCCUGAAUAUCAGGUAGAAGAUAACUAUACCUACAACUUCAGGUGGUACACUGAAUAUGCUUGUCCUGAAAUGCCUCUGGAAUGUGUUGUGACUGAUCCCAACACCAUGGACCAAUAUGACUUGUCAAGCUUAGCAAAAUCUGAAAAGAGGGGUGAGAACUGGUAUGCCAUGGAUAAUUCAAGCCCCAAUGAGCGCAAGAAGUACUACAUAAAUGUCUGUCGACCCCUGAUUGCUGUCCCAGGAUGCGACCGGCGAGCGUCUGUCUGUCAGAUGGAGUAUCGGCGUGAUCAUGUUUCUUACUCUGAAGUCACCUCCAUUAGUAAUCUUGGUGUUGCCAGCAAAGAACUAGUAGUUGAAAGACCUGGACAUAUUCUUCUAACUUAUGCAGAUGGCUCUGUGUGCAUAGAUGCUGAUGGAAGGAAGACUACGUAUAACACCACCAUCCAUUUCGUCUGUUCCAGAGGCACUUUUAGUAGCAGCCCACGGUUUAUAGCUAUUCAGGAGUGCAUAGCCACAUUCUUAUGGGAAACUGAGGCUGCCUGUCCAAUCAAGGAAACAAAAGAUGAUUCUCAGUCCUGCUCUGUGCGAGAUCCAAACACUGGCUUUCUGUUCAAUCUGCAGCCAUUAGCUUCUGAAAAAGGCUAUAUGACUACUGGCAUUGGAAAGACUUUCAUGCUAAACAUUUGUGGAAUCAUGCCAGACUGUGGUGAAAUCAACGGCAAAGCAGCUGCUGGUUGUGAAGCAGAAAAGCUAACAUCAGUGAGACUGGUGGAACUGGACAAAACCCUGUAUCUGUCUGAAGGGUUUAUUACUCUAACCUACAGAGGUCCUCUUCAUGUGGAGUCAGGAGCAUCAGACAAGUUCACAGUGACUUUCAUUUGUAAUGAUUCAUAUCCUGGAGAGCUGAAGUUUGUACGUGAAGAGAUAAACAGUGCGAUGAACAUCCAUGAUACUUUUUUUGAGUUUCACACAGCUCUGGCCUGUGCUCCUGCUCCUGUAGAUUGCCAGGUUACAGAUGCUGCUGGGAAUGAGUAUGAUUUAAGUGACUUAAGCAAAGAGGGUGAACCAUGGGUUGCUAUAGACACUUCAAAAGAAGCAAAGAAGCGAACGUUUUUCUUGAAUGUCUGCAAGCCUUUGCCCUAUGUGCCUGCAUGCCCUGGUGGUGCCAUAGGAUCUUGUGUGAAAUACACUGAUACAAGCAAAAACCUUGGAGUCAUUCAAAUAAGCCCACAAGCUGCUACUGAUGGGUCAUUAAGCAUUAUUUACCUGAAUGGUGACACGUGCAAAGAUAAGCAACGUUAUUCUACACGUAUAAUCUUCCAGUGCGAUCAAACAAUGGGAUCACCAGUGCUGGAGCAAGAGGAUAACUGUGAGUUUGUAUUUGUUUGGAGAACCUUGGCAGCUUGUCCUGUUCACAAAGCAGAAGGAGAAGAUUGCCAGGUGAAAGAUCCAAGGUAUGGUCAUGUUUAUAACCUGAAGCCACUUUCCAAUAAAGACAUAAAAGUGAGUACAGAUGAGUAUGACUACUACUUGAGAGUUUGUGGAGAACUAACAGAACCUUGCAAAUCAGAGGCUCAGGCUGUGUCAUCGUGUCAAGUAAAGAAGAUGGGCAACACUUUCAGAAAAGUAGCAGGCUUGCUUACAAAAAAACUGACUUUUAAAAAUGGUUUAAUAAUGAUUAAUUACACCAGUGGAGAAAAAUGUCAUAAAAUAUAUGAAAGAUCAACUGCCAUAUUAUUCUACUGUGACAAGACUACAUCUGAGCCUGUGUUUCUGAAGGAAACUCCAGAUUGCACCUACAUGUUUGAAUGGCAUACUCAGUAUGCUUGCCCACCUGUUAAAUCUAUUGAGUGCUCCUACAAGGAUGAUGAAGGAAACUUCUAUGACUUUUCAUCUCUGACACGGCAUAGAGAGAAUUGGGAGGCAAUUACUCUAACUCCUUCUACACAGAAAUACUAUAUUAAUGUCUGCAAGCCCUUAGUACCAUAUGGUGCUGCACGUUCCUGUCCUUCUGAUGCUGCUGCUUCCCUCAUGGAGGGUGCAAAAUGUACAAGUCUUGGGGAAGUUGCUGAUGGUCCCCGAUGGGAAAAUGGCAUUUCUACUCUGAAAUAUAUUAAUGGGGAGCAGUGUCCAGAUAAAAUUCGCAAGAAAACAACAAUAUUGCGCCUCAAGUGUGAUGAAAACAGAAUUGAAUCAAAGCCAGAACUUAUAAUGGCCAUUGAAGACUGUGACUAUACCUUCUUGUGGUUCACUGCUGCUGCGUGUCCUCUGAAGAGCAAUGUGCAAAAUGACUGUCGGGUAACCAAUCCUGCAACAGGCCACCUCUUUGAUUUGACACCGCUAAAGCGAGAAUCUGGCUAUACCAUCAGCGACUCACACAACAGAAAAAUUGAGUUGAACGUUUGUGCUGAAGUUAAAAGUGCAUGUGCUAACGGAGCUGCUGUCUGCAUCACUGGUGGUCCAAAACCAAUUAAUGCUGGAAAACCGAGCAAAACUUUAACUUAUGAAGAUCAGGUGUUAAGGCUUGUCUAUGAAGGUGGAGAUCCUUGCCCUGCAGACCCUGAACUGAAGCAGAAAAGCUAUUUUAGCUUUGUAUGCAAGUCUGACAUUGGCGAUGACAGCCAGCCUGUCUUUCUGUCUUUCGACGAGCAGUCAUGCACUAGUUACUUCUCAUGGCAUACUUCCUUGGCUUGUGAGGAAGAGGUGAAGUGCUCAGUGUUGAAUGGUAGUUCCAUUAUUGACCUGUCUCCUCUGAUCCAUCGCACUGGGUAUUAUGAGGCAUUUGUGGAUGAAGAUAUAACAGGUGCUUCUCCAGACUUCUACAUCAACAUUUGUGAGCCUCUCAAUCCUAUCAAAGGUGUCAGUUGCCCGCCUGGAGCAGCUGUUUGCAUGGUUCCUGUUAGUGGACCACCAAUAGAUAUUGGUCGUGUUACCGAACCUCCCAAAUUAAACAAGGCAGUACAUGAAGUUUACAUCACUUACAACAGCACUACUCCUUGUCAGAUAAACAACAAAUUGAACUAUACUUCUCUUAUUGUAUUUCACUGCAGCCAAGGAACCAGUCUGGGCAAGCCAAAGAUGGUACGGAAGCUUGACUGCAGUUUUGUGUUUGAGUGGGAAACUCCAAUUGUGUGUCCUGAUAACGUGAAAACUUUAGGCUGCUCUGUGACUGAUGAGCAGCUACACUAUACUUUUGACCUGGCAAGCCUUUCUGGAAGAUCAUUUGAGGUAUAUUCUGGAUCCAACAGUUACCAUAUUGGUGUAUGUAGUCAGGCAGCAGACUUGCCCCAGGGAAAGUGCAAAGAUGGGGCAGUGUGCCUGACAACUGGAAGUGGUGUGUCAUCUUUUGGGAACAUAAAGGAAAUGAAAAUGGACUACAGCCACCAGGAUGAAACAGUCAUCUUGCAGUAUACAGGCGGUGACCGGUGCCCUCCAGUGACUGAAAAGGGAGACCUUUGUGUGUUCCCCUUCAAAUACAAAGGGAAGACCUAUGAGGGAUGUAUUACAGAAGAAAAGAAUAGGCCAUGGUGUGCUACAACUGAGAACUACCAGGGAGAUGGAAAGUGGGGAUUUUGUGGAAAUGCAACUGCAAAAAGGGAAUCUACCAUUAUCUUUGCAUGUGAUGAAAAUGCUGGUGUUGGGAGACCACGCAUUUUGAGUGAGACACUUGGCUGUACCGUGACAUUUGAAUGGAAGACACAGGCUGUUUGUCCUCCUAAGAAAAUGGAGUGCAAGUUUGUCCAAAACCACAGAACUUAUGACUUGAGGAUGCUUUCUUCCCUGACGGGGUCAUGGAUCUUUUUCCACAAUGGGAACUCGUACUAUGUGAAUCUCUGUCAGAGGGUACAUGAAGGACCCACGGGCUGCCCUGAAAGAGCCAGUAUUUGCAGGAAAAGCAACAAUGGAGACGUUCAAGUUCUUGGACUUGUUCAUACACAGAAGUUGAAUGUGACAGGUGAUACAGUGUAUAUUAGUUAUUCCAGUGGGCAGGAAUGUAGGAACAAUAAGAAAGUAACGACAAUUAUAGAACUGAAGUGUGCAAAAACAGUUGGUAUGCCCAUGCUGCAGAGAAUUGAUGAAGAAAACUGCGCUUACUACAUCACUUGGGACACACGAGCAGCUUGUGCCGUGAAGCAGCAGGAGGUGAAGGUGGUGAAUGGAACAGUUAUUAAUCCUGCAACUGGGAAAAACUUCUCUUUAGGGGACGUUUAUUUCAAGUUGUACACGGCUUCUGGGGACAUACGGACAAAUGGCGAUCAAUACAUAUAUGAAAUUCAGCUUUCUGGUAUAAGAAACUCAAGCUUCCCUGAAUGCUCUGGAGCAAACAUCUGCCAGGUUAAAACUAAUGAACGUCGUUUUCGGAGAGUUGGUUCUGCCAAAAAAGCUAAAUAUUAUGUUGAGGAUGACGACUUGGAUGUCAUAUUUUCAUCAGACUCCAGAUGCGGUAAAGAUAAAUCAAAGUUUGUGUCUUCAACCAUUUUCUUCCACUGCAGUCCACAAGUAAGAGAAGGCAUCCCUGAAUUCCUUCAUGAGACAGCAGAUUGCCAGUAUUUAUUUACCUGGUACACAUCUGCUGUGUGCCCACUAAUGUCAACCAGUGAUCCGGGAAGCAAUAAGCACCAGACUGAUCAGGAAGCCCAAGUGCAUAAAGGCCUUUCAAGGAGAAGUCAGGCUGUUGGUGCUGUGCUGAGUGUCCUCCUAGUUGUUCUCACUGCAUGCCUAAUAAUUUUGCUGUUCUACAAAAAAGAGAGGAGGGAAACUGUAAUAAACAAGAUAACGAACUGCUGCAGAAGAACAUCCAGUGUUUCCUACAAAUACACAAAGAUAAAUAGUGAAGAAGAAGUUAAUGAGAAUGAAACAGAGUGGCUUAUGGAGGAAAUUGCAACGCCAAAUCAAAGAGCAGCAAAGGGAGGGCAGGAGAAUGGUCACAUUACUACCAAGUCUGUUACAUCUGAAGCCCUUACCUCUCUCCAUGUGGAUGACCUGGACAGUGAGGAUGAAGUGUUAACCAUUCCAGAUGUGAAGAUAGAGACAGGAAGAGGAGUAGACAAGGGCAAGCACCCACAAAAGAAGCCACACAGUUUUGGAAGUGAUGACAAAGUUUAUUUGCUGAAUGGAGGAAAGGAGAGGAAAGCAAAAGCCAAGCCAGGCCAGCAACAGGCACAGAACUCUACAAAUACAGUAUCGUUUCAUGAUGAUAGUGAUGAGGACUUGUUGAAUGUUUAAUAACCCCUCUUGUGCCUAAUCAAAUAUAUAUAGAGAGAUUAUGUAUAAUGGGACUACAUUUCCAACCAAAUAUGAGGACUUCGGCCCGAAAGAUUUUUCUGAAUUUUGCCUUUAACAAGAAACCAUUGAAAAGGGAAGAAGAGAGAGAUUUCUUGGUUGUUUACAAUGAUCUGUUCAGUAGUAACUGGAUUUCUAACACCCAGUUGACUCUCUCUAGCCAGGACACUUUUUAAGCCUCAGCAUGGAUGUUAAAUGCCUGCUUAAAAAAGAGAAACCUUUAAAAUGGGAAGGAUUACAGCUCAAUGAAGCCCCUGGCUCCUGAGACUCAAGUUAUCUGACUACUAGCUUUUAACUCCUUGUAUUUAUUGAUCCUCACUACUCAGGUUUGCUUAAUAGCAACGUGUUCUUCCUGCCGGCAGGGUAUUAUUCUAUGGGUUUACCCAUUGUAAGAUGAGGAAAAAAUACAGCUUUUGUGUGUUGGGAUGAUUUGAUGUAAAUUUUGGAACUGGUCUAAUUUAUCCUGUAAAUUUGAAUAUCCAUUCUAAUUUAAACAGAUCAUUGGUUCAGAGGUAUUGACUGAAAGGUACAACUCUGUAUAGCUUUAGGCUGAAAUGGUUGCUGUUCUUUGCAUGAUUUUUUUUUUUUUUGGUACUGGUCAUGAGACUGACUUCAUCAGUAU